CCACAUCUGGAGCCUUAGGUGGAGUUUUAUUUUGUAUUAGUUGGGCUUUUAUUUUAGUUAUCAAACGUGGCUGUACAAAACUAAAACGACCGGCAAAAAAAAACACUUCAACAAUUUCCCCUCGAAAGGACGAGACACGUGUUGCGCUGGUGCCCGUGUAUCCCGACAUAAAUGAUGCUUUUAUUUUAUAAGAAUAAAAAAAACGUAUUUCCGUUAUUCAUCAAGUUGACUUUAGACCAGUUGCCGCGAUGCAGUCGUUGCGAGCUCAACAAACAUGUCUCUGCUCCACAAUGAGACACCGGACCUUAACGAUACGUAUGAUAUGAGGACAUGGAGGCAAAUGCACCGGGGAGCAUGCGGCGACUUCUAGGAAACGUGCCAACCAUUGAGCUGUAGAUGGCGAGUUGCUCCCCGACCCGUUGGUUCGCUUCGUGUAGCCCUUUGUGACCGUGUGUACACACUGCGAGCUAGCCACCGUGGGCUAAUGUAAGCUAGCAAAAUGGACCUUGGAACAAUGUUGUACAAAAAUUUGAAAGACGUCACAUGGAGCACGACUGCUUUGCCAUUAGAUCAACUCGUCAGCACUUAUAGGUUGCCUCAAAUUGCCAAGCUGGACGACGGCCAGUUGGUGGAAGGGCUCAGAGACAAUGACUACCUCUUGAUUCAUUCCUGCCGUCAGUGGACGACAAUUACUGCUCACAGUCUGGAGGAGGGCCACUAUGUCAUUGGGCCCAAAAUAGAGAUCCCAGUCCACUAUGAAGGUCAGUUUAAGCUACUGGAGCAGGACAGAGAUGUCAAGGAGCCUGUGCAGUACUUCAACAGCGUGGAGGAGGUGGCCAAAGCAUUCCCUGAAAGAGUAUACGUCAUGGAAGAAAUCACCUUCAAUGUUAAGAUGGCGUCAGGGGAAUGCAAUGAGGACACCGAGGUUUUCAACAUAACACUGAGCACCGGUGAUGAGCUGACGUUAAUGGGCCAGGCGGAGAUCCUAUACACCAAGACUUCCAGGGAAAAAUCAAGGUUCAACACCAUCUUGAAGAGGAUUGGGAAGCUGAACUCCAUCAGCAGGAUCGGUCGAGGCAAGAUGCCGUGCUUGAUCUGCAUGAACCAUCGCACCAAUGAGAGCAUCAGCCUGCCUUUCCAGUGCAAGGGCAGGUUCAGCACCUGUAGUCCGCUGGAACUCCAGAUGCAGGACGGCGAGCACAUCAUCAGGAACAUCGUGGAGAAAACCCGCCUCCCUGUCAACGUCACAGUGCCCAGCAGUCCCCCCCGCAACCAGCACGACCUCCACCUCAUCCGGGAGGGCCAUCGCUACAAAUUGGUCAACAUUCAGACGAAGACGGUGGUCGUGUGCUGCGUCCUGCGAAGCAACAAAAUUAUCCCCGUCCAUUUUCCCUUUCACAUGGCCAUGCCCAGAUGUAUUAUUCCGGAAGAACUACUGCAAGGAGAGUUGUGGCUCAACACUAUGGUACAUCGCUGGUUUUCCUUCUGCCAGGAGCAGUUUGACAUAGAUAACUAUUCUCGCGCGGUCCGGGAUGUGCGAAUUGACUGGAACGAGGAUGGGAAGAGCCCCAAGAAAAGUAGUGGGAAUGGCAGCUGCAGCUCCAACGGCUGUGCCAACCAAAUGCAGAUUCCCAGCUCUUUAACUUACACCCGGGACGAGCUCACCCAGUCCUUCCACCGACUCUCUGUGUGUGUGUACGGCAGCAACCUGCACGGUAACAGCGAAGUCAAUUUGCAGGGCUGCAUGACGCUGUGUGGAGACUGGGCUCUCCUUCCCUCUGACAGCAUCCCUUCAGACUCGGGUGAAAAUGAACACUUUUUCCCGGAACUGAUGGACACCACACCUCAACAACCACCCCUCAACAAGUCGGACAUUCCCUAUGAGGAGCUGUGGCUGGAUCAGCUGAGAGGUCAGGCGCCAAAAGCUUCUUCAAGCGAGGGAACCCGAGGCGUCAACAAUGGCGGCGGUUCAACAGCAGCCCUGUCGUACCCAGUGACUUGUCCUCUUGGUGCAACACCCAGUUUAGAUGCGUCUCUUACUCCGCCACCAGUUCCACCCAAGUCCGAAGCUGUGAAGGAAGAAUGCCGUCUGUUGAACGCCCCGCCGAUUCCUCCCCGGAGUUUGAAACAGAUGCCAUCCGUGCCCAUCCUGUCGAAACCACGGCAGCAAGAGACUCGGUCUCCGAGUCCGACCCUCUCCUAUUACUCCUCUGGUCUCCACAACAUCAGUGGAGCGUCUGAGCAGGAGGCGGCCGACCCACGAGAGCCCGGCCGAGGGUGCUACCCCUGUAACUGGGUUAAAUCCGACGGCACCGAGCCGAAUGCUCCGUUGGCCAGUGGGAGCCUGCCCUCCGACGGGAUGGCCUCCAGGUUGUCUUGGCCAAAUAAUUUCAGCAGAGGAGAAUCGCACAGCAUGGAGGAGUUUCUACCGGCCGGCUGUCGAAGUUACUACAGUUACCCCAGAAAAAGGUCCCCAAGCACCCCAAAGACCUGCACAACCAGCCUGGUGGACUUCAAUGGCCGAGAGCACAGCAGGAAGGACUUCCGGUCGCAGAAAGCUUCUCUGGAGGAGUUCUACAUCAAAUCUUCGAGUUACAACUCCGAAAUGUACAGGGACAAGCCCAUCGAGGAGUCUGACGCCAAGCAGAGCCUCUCUUGCCCCAUCCUGCCCCCGAGGACCCUCAGACCCAACGCCCCGCAGAGGAGCGCGGACUUCCUGUCCGAUUCCGACGGUGAGCGGGAGCCCCCCCAAUGCUCCUUCCCUCGACACCAGCAGACCACCAAAGACUCAUUAACUCCUCACUGUCCAGCCCCUCCCCCCACUGCACAGUGGCAGCCCCCGUCCAGUCUGGCUGGCCUUACCAUUGAGGAGGUGUCCAGGUCGCUCAGGUUCAUCGGCCUGCCGGACGACGUUAUCGCUCUUUUCGUGUCCGAGAAGAUUGACGGGAGUUUACUCCUGCAGCUCACCGAGGACAUUCUGUCGGAGGACUUCAAGCUCAGCAAACUGCAGGUAAAGAAACUCAUGCAGUUCAUAAGUGGGUGGAGGCCCAAGAUCUGACGAGCAGAACAUGAAACUAAGUUCUGUUCGAAAGCAGAGAGUCAUGCCUUCAGUAUAUAUAUGCUAUGCACACCAAGCCACGAAGAGUUUCUUUUUGUAUAAUAUGAAUUUAUGUCUUUGUUACUAUAUUGUAAAAGACUUAAAGUCUGUGACUGCUAUUUAUUAACUGAAUGAAAUCAUUUAGCACUUUCAUGGAGACAUUUCCAUGUCAGCUUCUUAGUACUUGUGUUGCCCACAGCCCCCUAGUGGUCAUGUCAUCACAUCGAUCCUCAUUUAAGGCAACAAAUGAGACUCAACGAGGACGUUGUACCGUUCUGCCCUCAAAGUUAAUCACAAGCCAUUUUACAGGAUUUCUAAAAAGAGCGCAGAGGACGUACUAUGGUAUAUGUUGCUUAGUGACCAUAUUAAAGCAACUAUGUAAAAACAUUUAGUAGGCGAUACACAAUUGGACAUUUGGCUGAAUUUUUCUAACCCCAAAAAAGAUUUUCUUCCCAAAAACUUGCAAUUAUAUAGUUUUGCAGUCGGUGACAAAUGAAGUGUGCAGCUGUUUUUACGAGGUCAGGGAUGGUUAAUUCAUACUGUUGAAUUAAUUCAAGACCUGCCCUCUGCUGACGGGUAUUAAGAAAUACUUGAGUUCUUUUACCAAUCGACCCCUUGAGCUGUAACCCUGUCCUGCACCAGUGAACAUUUACUAUUUCUCCGAACGGCCAGAAAUAGCCAAUGACGUAAACCUCAUCUCCGAAGAGAGUCGCUGUCUGUGCAUUGAGCCGAUAUCGGGGAGUUUGUUGGUUUUCCGUUUAGUUUUAGGAGAUGAAGUGUUGCAUUUAAACGCACUGGGCUUUGUUGGCCAUCAGCACUCUCACGUGAUAUUCUAGGUCCCUGAACGAUGCUCGUAAGAGUAUCAUGACGGCGAGCAACGAAAUGUCAGAUUCAGGCACGGUCUUCUUUCUAUUUGAUGCCUAUUUAAUCCUCAAGUUGAAUUGAACUAUAUUGCCAAUUGCUUUGAAUUUAAACAUCUCUGCUGGAAAAAGACAACUUUUUUUUCAGAGAUGGUUUAUUGCAGAGAAAGACUGACUGGGAAAAAGAUGAUAUCCUUACUCUAAAGCGUACACGGGAAUAGCCAACACAGCUGAUGUGGGCGGUGACAUUCUACUUAAAAUACAAAUUAUGCAUCAUGCACUUUGGUGGAUUUCAGCCUUAUUAAUUGCAGUAAAGGUCAAUAAAUAAACGUAUAAAAGAAAAGUGUCUACGUAAAGAGUGAAUGCACUACAUGCUUUUAAAAAACUUAAAUGGUACUUCUGUGUUCUCAUUGUUUGUAUUGUGUGCUCUCAUGCUAGAAACUAUUAAAAGAUAGCUUUUCUGCGCCUUAACCCAUAGACCUUAAAAUAUAUAAUAUUUAACUUUGGCUUAACAUUGUCAUUGUCAGUCUGGACUUGAGAUUAUACUCUUUACAUAAACGUCUCAACGUGUAUUUUGAACGCGUGUAUUCCCCAAACCCUGAGACAUGUAAGCUAAAAUGAAAUAUUGGUACCAAACAUUUUCUCUGGAGCCUCGAAUCGGAGUUGAUUUAUUUAUGCAGUAUUUAACAUAAUGAUUGUUAUUUUGGGGCUGAUGGAUGAAGCUGCUUCAGCAACAGCAGCCUUUCUGAGCUGGUGGCCAGCAGCUGUGGAUUUCUUCCACCAACACCUUUUGAAGUGGGUUGUUACAUAUUUUGAUUUCAUAUAUUUUGUAUGCAAAUGUAUUGGUUUCUUUUGUUUUUAAAGAAAGUGAUUACUAAUUUGAAAUGAUUGUUAUUGAGAAAAGACAUCUUAUGUUCAAAUAUCUUUCAAAAACAAAUUCUGUACAACUUGGUUUCCACCGGGGUUAAUGAAUCCAUGAACUCGAAUAACAUUCGGUCACGAGGUAAGAAGUCACACGACAGAAACCGUGACCAAAAAGCAUAAUGUUAAGAUGCCAUGUGUUCAGGUACUUUCAGAGAGUUCCUUGUACCUGUGGUCCCAGUGUCCACGGCCACGUUGCCCCAUGUCCCUCGGCACUGUUAUUACACGGUGAUUAAUGUCCUGUGCAAUGCACCUGGCGCUUCAGAGGGACCAUGGGAAAGAACAACGGAGCGAGUGAUGAUGAUGGGCAAUGAAGUAUUAUGCAUAUUGAAAUGGCAACCUGUGCAUGCCAAAGUAAUUCUUUGUAAGUCACUAAUUGUACAUGGAUACCUCUGAGAUAUGAACUGUGAACACAACUGACUCCACGAGCUCACGAUCCUCGAGCAUUAACCCUGACGGCUCUUCCAUCUGGAUGUUGCCCGGCAACCCUUAUUAAUAAUUAGCAUCUGUGCGAAAAGGAGUGACACUGGGUUUGAGAGCGUUACUGGUGAACAUUAUGGAAAUCUCUACUUAUGGACAGCUAUCUUUCAAUUAACUUGUGUUGUCCCUAUUUUUGAUUGUAUUAAAAUGGAUUAACGGUG